CACAUACUAGAAUUUGUUUGUUGAGAGUUUGGAAAUAGAAAAAAAAAAAGAGAGGUAGGAUCAUGAGUGAGAAUGUUAUGAAGAGUGAGGUGAUUCUUCAUCAUUUCCUCCAUCAACACCCACUCAUCCUCACUGUAGCUGAUGCGACUGGAGACGACCAGCAACGGUGCGACGUCUGUGGGUGUGACAUCUUCUCCAGAGACGCGAUCUACAGAUGCAGCCACGACAACUGCAGCAGCGGCCGCAUAGCAUUACACAAAGAAUGCGCAGAAAUGCCGCGAGAGAUCAGUCUCUCCUCCCACCCUCAACACUCCCUCAUCCAAAAAAAACUCCCUUAUUCAAGUGAUGUACACACGUGGGAUGUACCAAUGUUGAUUCCCCCAUCAUGUGCAGUGUGCACACUUAUGAUCAGAGGAGGGAAAGGGUACAGCUGCAGCAGCUGCAAUUUCUACAUCCACAUAGGGUGCGCGCAUAGCAUGGAUGUGAUGGGCGAGGCCAGCUUCACCAAACACCCCAGCCAUCCGCGCCACGACCUCACGCUGCUGCGGAGGCCGGAUGCCUUGUUGAUGUGCGAUGCUUGUGGCACCGCACACAGAGGGAACUCCUACAUCUGCACCGCUUGUCCGUACUGCAUCAAUGAGAGCUGUGCGGCCUUGCCUGCUGCCUUCGACUGCGGCCACCUCCACGGCCACCCGCUCUCCCUUGCUUAUCGCCUCCCGCUUGAAUAUAUCAAGUACCGUUUCAAGUGUGAUGUGUGUUACAAGGACUUGUCCCCUUAUAAUUGGGUCUAUCAUUGUGGGAUUUGCAGAUAUGUUGCCCAUAUCAAUUGUGCCACUACAUCUUCCCUCAUCAAGGACACUGUUGAUGUGGAUCCGGAUGUCGUUGUAUGUCCCAUAAAUGACAUAGCGGAAGAGGUUAUUGUACCAUUUGUUAGGAAAUUAGGAAUGACACCCAUCUCUAAUGUUGAUGAGUUCGUCAAAUGCAAAAAUGAAUUCCAUAACCCCGAUCAUCGGUUACGUAUAAUCUCAUCUUCACCGUGUCAUAACCAAGAAGAAAAGGAUGAAGAUGAUGACGAUCUUAAGUAUGGGUUUAAGUCCAAAUUGGUAUGUGAUGGAUGCACCGCACCUAUUUCAUCAUCAAGUGAAUACAUAAGUUGUGGCGAAUGCGAAUACUUUCUCCACUUAGCAUGCUAUCUAUUACCAUUUGGGUUCUCCGGUCAUCCACUCCACCCCCAACCUAAUCACAUCCUAACCCUUCAAAUGUGUCCCAAACUCAACUUUGUUCGCUGCAACAUUUGUAGGUUCGACACAAAUGGACUCGUAUAUUGUUGCAAACAGUGCAACUUCAAAGUAGAUAUAAAGUGCUUUUGUCUGCCCAACACCAUAAGACACGCAGCUCACCCGCGUCACAAUCUCAACCUUCAGCUCAUGGAAGUGAUGUCGACCAAGGGGAAAAGGAACAUUCCGCGCAUGUGCAGGGCGUGUGAUGAUCCUACAAGUGGCUAUGUCUGCUACAGAUGUGAUGUCUGCGAUAUCGUAUUGCAUUCACGGUGUGCGCUGCUGCCGGCACAAGUGAAUAACUGUAGAUGGGAUAAGCACCCGCUGCCACUGACGUACGAUGCUAGCGCCAACCAUCCAAGUGAGUUCUACUGCGAUCUAUGUGAACAGGAGAUGAAUCCCAAGACUUGGAUGUAUCACUGCCGAGGCUGCGAUGCUUCAAUCCAUCCCAAGUGCUUGCCAACCGUGCUGGGAUGGUGUCGGAACAUCAAGUUUGGGCAGCGAUACGUUAUCGGGGCAUUUCACAAACACAAUAUCGGGAUUUCUGCAUCCUUUCCUCGACGGUCGAGGAUCUUGUCGGCCUGGUUUGAGAGCAUCACGGAGUUUGCGGAGCGAUAUGAUGGCGUGACGCUUCACGAAUACCCUGUCGCGUAUCAACUAACCAAUAAGUUAGGCUGCAGCAUAUGCGGCGUAAGGAAGGUUUAUGGUACCCAUGGAUUUCAGUGUGACUCACACAAAUGUGACUUCUUCGUAUGUUUUGACCUGUGUGCUAGAUAUCUCCAAAAUCAAACACACUUCAAAUGAAGAAUUACUCCUACUUACUAACUUCUCUAUGUCUUACAUCUAUCUUUUAUUAUCCUGUAAUAUAAAGUUAUAUUACUAAUUCAAUGUCAUAUAGUACUAUUUGAUGUGAAAUAAGA